CAUUCUCGCCUUAUCCACAAAUCUUCUAUCCAGUCUCACCAACAUGAAGGUUUCAACUCUCUUCAGCGCCUUUGCCGCUCUGGCAAGUCUUGUUGCUGCCGCCCCCGCCCCAGGUGUUUCUCCUGUGGCCAAUGCCGCACGCGGUCUUCAACCUUCACCGCCCCCUUUGUCGUAUGAAAAGGUCACUCCCAUCACCGAUAUUGAUGAAGUUGCCGCUGUCAAGAGGGAGAUUGAGGCUCGCCAGGGUGUCUAUGUGACUGUCCACAUCUACUGGGGCGGAACCAGCGCAUAUAUCAGCCCAGUCAAUCGCGGAGCCUGUGCUGACUUGGUCCCCGCCUGGAAAAACGUCAUCUCGUCCUUUGGACCAGACUCACCCCUUGUGUGCUGGAUCUACGAUGGCGACUGGUGCACUGGAGAUUGGUACGGACCUAUCUACAAUCCUGGUAUUGCGGACUUGACGACUGUUGGGUGGAAUGAUCGGAUCAACUCCUUCAUUUGUUGGUAGAGAAACGGGAAAGGCAAGCUUUGCCUUCGUCAUGUUGCAACAGAAGAAGAGUGAAUGAUAUGUGGGAAGCGUGGAGUAAGAUCAGGUAGUUUUGGAGCGCAGUGUGACUGACGGGCUUUUCUUAUUCAACACUCGUUUGUGAAUUUGUCACCAGAAUCUGCAGUUUCUUUAGCUCUCUGAGAAUACAGUACCGGUUGAUGUUCUCAAUUA